GCUGCAGCAUCCAGCAGGUUGUGUCUUUCUGUCUCUCGUUCUCUCCAUCGCACGCACGCCUGCUCUUUACUUCUCUCUUCCUCUCUCCUCUCUUUGCUCGGUCGCUCGCUCCUCUUCUCUCUCAGUCUGCAUCCUGUAGCCCUGCUGUGCAGUCCUCUCUCCUUCUUUCGCUCUCUACAUCUCUACUACUCUCUCUGCAACGCUAUUGGAGAAGAAGUCACUGACACACACACACACACACAAUCUCUUCCUCACACACAGUCUCUUCCUCACACACAGUCUCUUCCUCACACACACACACACACACACACACUUCGUCGCUCUCACACACUCUGUGCGACCAGCCCAGCCAGCAGGCCCGUUUCGGAGCAGGGGAGCCCAGUAGAGACCUAUCCCAGGAUGGAUGUACUGAUGAGAGGGUUCAGCAUGGCUAAGGAGGGGGUGGUGGCCGCAGCAGAGAAGACUAAGGCUGGGGUGGAGGGGGCAGCCGCCAAGACCAAGGAGGGGGUCAUGUAUGUAGGUUCAAAGACAAAGGAGGGAAUGGACGCAGGAGUAAACAAAGUUGCUAACCGCGACCAGGCAAACAUCGUCGGAGACCCCACUGCUGCCGGAGCUGACCUCUCGCAGGGUGGCAUGGAGAACACCGGACAGGCGGAGGAGCCUCAGCCUGUAUACGAGGCGGAAUAUGGAGGAAUGGAGCAGGGAGGAGAAGGAGAGGGCUCUCAGGGCGGCUACUAGUCAUUCCAGGGAUCUCUUCUCCCCAGCCUUCCGUUUGGUCGCUCGCUACCCUCACCCUGCUGUUCCAGACUUCCAGAUGUUCUACUUCUUUUUUUGUGACUUUAUGGAACCAAAACCGAUACAGACUCUUCCAGAUACCCCCUUUGCCCUCCCUGAUACCCUCUGUUGCUCCUAGCAGCCCCCUUCUGGCCCCCCUCUCCUGUAUAGCUCCCUGCCUUUGUGUCGUUGUCGUCAUGUUGUUCGCCCUAGUGUUAUGUUCUCCCUAUCGCCACCCAGUACUCUAUCAAGAGGCCUGCGCACACACACACACACACACACACACACACACACACACACACACACACACACACACACACACACACACACACACACACACACACACACGAGAGCUGUGAUGAUUAUUCAGGACUACAGAACCACAGAGAGAUGUAUCGUAGUUUGAAUGCUUGUGUGUGUGUCUCUGUUAGACGUGUCAGGUAGUAGGCCAGUUCAGGGGUGUUCUGUCCAUGAGAUGCUGCUGUAGGGACAUGUGCAAUGAAUUAGAGAGUGUGUGUGUGUGUGUGUGUGUUGAAGUGUGUUUGGUCACACAUGUAACAGGGUCAUAUUAAAACCAAUUAACUAGCCGGCUUAUAUUGUUGCACGUGUUAAGUCAAGGGGUCUUAGGCAUAGUUUACUGGUCUGUAACCUGAUUUGAUGUGUGCAUCGAUAUGAGAAGGAAGCGUAUGUGACCAGGUGUUGAAUGUACGUGUGCCCAGGAGACAGCCACAGUACUUAAGUCCAGGGCCAGCUCCUUCUUGACCUCUUGACCAGCCAGUCCAAGUGGAUUAUUACUUGUUCAUAUGGUGAAACAUAAAUAUGUACAAAAACGAAAACAAGAAAAAGGCAUCCCCAAAUAAAGAAGUUAACUAACACAAAGAAACACACAAAAGGCUGGCAGAGAGGCUUCUGGCCUCCUCUCUUUCUCCCAGACAGCCAAUCAGCCCAAUUGGCUGCACCUGAUGUUCUUUUCAAGGCGUAGCUCAGCACCUAGACCUGCCAGCUGCCACCUGGGGGUGUAGUGUGGGUGUAUCCUAGAUAGUGCGUUGCCUAACUGUGUGUUAACCCCACACUACCCGGCAUAUCAAAACAAUAUGUCUUGAGACACGCCAGAAAGCAAUACACAUGUACUGUUAGUGUGUGUGAGAGGAAGAACGCCCCUGCCACCACUGGGAAUCACAUAACAGCAGAAGAUAUCAGUAUACACAAUACACUACAGUGGUUUUGGUCUAGCCUGGGUUUAGUCUGGCUCUAGAUAUGGCCUGGGUCGACUGGCAGAGUUGGAAGGGAGAAAAGCAGAAAGUGAUUCAGAAUGAUGAUUACUUGUGAAAAUAUGUUGUUGCCGUAGUAAUACCAAGCAAUAGUCAGACAGAUAGGUAGAAUAGACGAAUGCAUAGGGAAUAGGGAAUGCUGGGAAAUGUGUAUUCAAAAUUGAUUUUUGAUUCCCACAAAAAAUAGCAAAUUUUCUACUGUCAUUGGUCAACUGCUCCUGUUGUCAACCAUCUCAGCCCCUCAGAGGCUUCCUCUGCCCUGUCACUCAGUGUGUCCCGCCCUUCCCUGUGUCAGCAAGUAACAUUAGAGACUAAAACAGGUCUGCCAGGUGCAGGUACAAAGUGUGUGUCUGUGUCUGUGUGUGUGUCUGUUACAUAUACAGUAGGUCAGUCCAGCAUCAGUGUCUGUAUUAUAGAGCAGGUAUGUGUGUAUUAUUACUUUGAGGUCAAUGGAAACUGAUUACUGCAUGUUGCCUUAUCCAGCACUCUUAUAUUCACACAUCACACACACACACACACACACACACACACACACACACACACACACACACACACACACACACACACACACACACACACACACACACACACACACACACACACACACACACACACACACGCGCGUAUCCGUACAAACCCACAAUCCAUACACACAGUACACUCAUCAAACACACAGAAAUAAUACACAAACACACUCACACCUUGUUUAAGUUGGCAUCGAAGCAUACUUGCUGAUUUUAUAAACAGUACCAGUGAAUUAAAGACAGUUUUGUUGAAAUCCAAA